ACGUUGGUGGAAAGCUGCGGCGAGGUUAAGUUAGCUAGACUGUGACAGUUGGACGCGACAGGAGUAGUGCACUUCUUUCAUGUCUUAUCAUUUCAUUUUAUUUAAUUAAAACUUUGUUAAACUAACCAAGCAGCGAUGCCUGAAGACUGCCUAGACACGUCAAACACAGUUACAUGCACCGCCCCUGUGAACAUAGCUGUCAUCAAGUACUGGGGGAAGAGAAAUGAGGAGUUAAUUCUGCCCAUUAACUCAUCGUUGAGUGUCACGCUGCACCAAGACCAGCUGAAAACAACCACAACAGCUGCAACCAGCAGAUUGUUUCAAGAGGAUCGAAUAUGGCUCAACGGAAAAGAGGAGGACAUAACCCAUCCAAGACUUCAAUCCUGUCUGAAAGAGAUUCGGCGAUUAGCACGAAAAAGACGUAACGAUGGAGACCCUGGUGUGGAGUCAAAUAGUUUGUCUCACAAAGUCCACAUCUGCUCUGUUAACAACUUCCCCACUGCUGCUGGACUCGCCUCUUCAGCUGCUGGAUUCGCUUGUCUAGUUUACACCCUGGCUCGGUUGUUUGGCGUAGAAGGGGAGCUGUCUGGAAUUGCUCGUCAAGGCUCAGGCAGCGCAUGCAGGAGUAUGUAUGGAGGGUUUGUCCAGUGGCUCAUGGGACAGCAAGAUGAUGGCAAGGACAGUGUAGCCCAGCAGGUGGCACCAGAGACUCACUGGCCUGAGCUCAGAAUCCUUGUGCUUGUGGCCAGUGCUGAGCGCAAACCCAUAGGCAGCACCUCUGGAAUGCAAACCAGUGUACUAACAAGCAGUCUCUUAAAGCACAGGGCUGAGUCUGUUGUUCCGGGCCGAAUGAUGGAAAUGAAUGAAGCAGUGCAAAGAAAGGACUUUCCUGCAUUUGCUGAACUAACCAUGAAGGAUAGUAACCAGUUCCAUGCUACCUGCCUUGACACAUACCCUCCAAUCUUCUACCUCAGUAGUGUAUCACAUCAGGUCAUCAACCUGGUCCAUCGGUACAACAGUCACUAUGGGGAGACGAGGGUGGCCUAUACCUUUGAUGCAGGGCCCAAUGCUGUGAUUUUCACUCUACAGCAACAUGUUCCAGAGUUUGUCCAGGUGGUUCAACAUUUCUUCCCUCCAGAGAUCAAUGGAGGACAGUUUAUUAAGGGCCAUCCAGUAAACCAUGCUGCUCUGUCUGAGGAGCUGAAGCAGAGUAUUGGUCUAGAGCCAAUGCCAAGGGGAAUAAGUUACAUUAUUAGUACAAAGGUUGGACCAGGGCCUUGUGUUGUGCAGGAUCCUGCUCAGCAUCUGCUCGGAUCUGAUGGGAUGCCUAAGAAAACUGUGUGAUGCCCUUUAAACCUCAAAAGAUGAUGUAUCUCUAAGUAAUAAUAAAUCCAAUUCAGCAGAGAUUUAACUCAGAUUUUCAUUUGUCAUAUGCAAAUCAAAAGACUGCAAAUGCACUGAAGCUGUUACUACUUCAGUCUUAUUGCUUUCACUACUUAUUUCAGUGACUGGAAAAACUUUUAUUAAUAUAAAUUUCUACGAAUUAUUUGUCAGUUAUUUAUGUAAUAGCUUUCCGAAAACAGACAAUUGUUCUCAUUAAUGUUUGUUGUGUGAAUUUUAAUAAAGUAUAUUUUAGUCACAU